GGUAUAUUGUCACCUGUAGCGAGUUUAGGUCAGUCGUUUGGCGCGUUCGCUCAAGGAAUAAUCUUAAGAGCCUUUCGUGAGUGUCGGAAUACGCUUUUGCUUGGACUUUGAGUGUUUUGGUUAUUUCCCACGAUGAAGGUUUUAAUCGCCCUGUGUGUGCUAGUGUUUGUGGAUGUGGUUGCUUCACAAUGUGAAUGUCAAAGCAUGAAAUGGGCAAUAUGUGAUGAGACACCGUGCUCUUGUAAACUUAUGUUGGAUAAAGAUGUCCUACAAGAACUGGACUGUACCAAGUUAAUUCCCAAGUGCUACCUCAUGAAAGCAGAGAUGUUUCGUGCCAGGAAUAACAUGACUACUAGAUCCCUUGGUGGCAAGCCGGUAGAGACCGCGUUUGUGGACAACGAUGGCAUUUAUGACCCUAUAUGUGAGAACGAUGGCAAGUUCAAGGCCAUCCAGUGUAACGGCACUGAUGUUUGCUGGUGCGUAAACAGUGCUGGAGUACGCCGAAGUGAUAAAGGAGACAAGAACAUAAAGUGUGAGCCUGUGGAGACCUAUUGGGUUCGUCUUGAAAUGAAACAUAAAGAAACUACGACAUUGGACAAUGCUAAGUUGAAGACUGGUGUUGAGAAUGCUUUGCUGGAGCGUUACAAGGUGCCUAAGAAUCUUGUUGACAAAGUUCAGUAUGACCCUGAAGGUCGCCUUAUUAUUGUGGAUGUUAAAAAACCUAUUGGUGACCGAACGAUCGACCUCUCCCUCAUGAGCUACUACAUGGAGAAAGAUGUCAAAGUUCUGCCUCUGUACAAGAACAAAGGGGACUUUGAGGUCAGCGUUGAAGGAAAUAAGGUGUUGAUGGAGAAUAUCCUGGUGUACUACGUAGAUGAAACUGCACCCACUUUCACCAUGCAGAAGCUGACUGGUGGUGUGAUCGCUGUCAUUGUGGUGGUCAGCUUGAUCGUGAUUGCAGGACUUCUGGUUCUGUUCCUCAUUGGUCGAAAACAAAAGGCCAAGUACACCAAAGCAGAGUCACAGCCAAGAGAGAUGGCCAACUUGCCUUAAGCUGGUAAUGAUGUCUUCACUAAUGGAGUGCGUCCCAUGCUGAUACAAAGAUCUGCUGUUCAUUCGCUUGUAACCUUUUCAUAUUGGGGGAAAAUAUGUUACAGAGUGCAGUUUUUAAAUGACUUUUCAAUGUUACUGUUUUUGCUAUUUAAUGAGGGCUCUUCAAUUGGAUCAUUUUAACUGUACAGUUUGUUACUUUGUUUUUAAUAAAAUUUGUUUUGUGUUGAA